UGCGCAAGCCGCCUGUUAUUGUGUUUGUUGGAUUUGUAUUGUGCAAGUGGCUCAUAUUAAGCUUUUAACCAUGGUUAAAAGUUUAAUAUCCAUUAACAAAUCUUCUCCCUAACAGACAGAGUGGUUAAGAUGCUGCCUCUGUGAGUCACUCUCUUUACCAGAAUAAGGCGGAUUCUUUGUUUCCUGGAUAUCAGAACGUCGCAAUCAGCUCAGUGUUAAUUUCUCGCAGCAAAGAGCAGAGUUCAAAAGGAUGUAUUAUCACGAUGCUUUCACAGCGAGGGACGCAGUCGAACCAUGGUUUUUAUCGGAUUGUUGAAUAUGUGACCAGGGCUUCUUCAACAGCAGGCCUGACGUUACAGUUCCCAAAACGCAGGCUUUCUAUGAUUAAAACACAUGCUCAUAAUAGCUAUGACCAUGGCUGUGGUGUCCCCCUGGCUCCUUACCUCUCUGCUCCUCCACAUUGGUGGAGCAGACACCGUGCAAGAUGCUGGGGUGAUGCGGUGUGGACCACUUAACAUGACGGUCAGUCGCGUCUACUCUAAGCAGAAGGUCCAACUGACGUGGGAGGAUCAUCCGUCCUGUCUCCUUACGCGAGGGCAGAUCGCCUACGAGAUCGACGUGCUGUCGACGGAUGACAUGAAGACGAUUCAUCACGAUGUUGUUAUUGUCCCACAGAAUCAGACCGGAUCCAUCCACCACUGGUUAUGGGUCUCUCCUUUGCCGUUAGAAUGUGCUAACAACACAUUUAAAGUCCGUGCCCAAUACGAAGACCAACGUUGCAUCAUCGGGAUCCCGUUUCCCAGCCAACCCACGCUGUUCCCGCCGGACACGCACGAGGUCUACGAGGUCGGCAGCAACGUGACUUUCUGCUGCCUCCUGCCGCCCUUGAAGACGUUCCACGGGUUUACGCUGCACGGCAAACCGAAAGAACACGUUAAGCUCAACAACCAGACGUACGCCAUGACGGUGCACCUGCGCAGACCCUCUGGGUUCGGCGGCACUGACGUCACCUGCAACAAUUCGGACUACGGCACCACCUAUUAUGUGGGCUACCGCCCGCGCGAUACGGAUCUCCAGUGUGAGACUCGAGACUUGCAGUCGGUGGUCUGUAACUGGAGCCCCGACAAAAGCAGACACUGGCCGCCAACAAAAUACCCCACAGAAUAUGAACUACUUGGAAGAUCGUGUUCGAAGACUGGCAAAGUCACAACCAUGAAGCGCUGUCGCCAAAGAGAGGUUAUAAAGGCCCAAGAGAGAAACUGGACGUUGACUGUCCGAAAUGUGCUCGGCACGUUGGAGCUCACAGACAGGGCAGACUUAACUAAAAGAGUUCACAUGUUCGCUCCUCAAAAUUUGACGGCUUCAAGGAUAAAUGCGAGGAAUGCUAGUCUGGCAUGGGAGUGGUCAGACCUGCAGUACAGAAAACUAAGAGUACUGUGUCAGAUCAUCCUUAACAGUAAAGGAGACACCGAUGUGAGGAACUACUCUGGAUUGGGUUUAAAUCAAGCACUUUUGAGUGACUUGACGCCGAAUCUGAAAUAUGAAGUUCAGGUCUGCUGUGGCACAGAGGAGCACUUCUGGAAGUGGGGUGACAGAAAAAACAUUACUUUUAAGACAGAGGGUGACAUUCCAGAUGCAUUGGAUAUAUGGCUGUGGAUGGAGCAAAAACAAACUAUGAUACUAUGGGAAAUGCCGCAACCAGGCCAGAGCCACGGGCCCAUCAUAGACUAUGAGGUGAAAUGGAGAACAUUGGCAGAACCACAGGAGACGCGCAACAGAACCGUGCUUCCUCCCGACCACAGCACGGCCGUAGAACUCGACCCCAGCGAAGACCACCUUGUCACGGUUACGGCGAGGAACCCCUACGGCCGGUCACCCCCGGCCUCUAUGGUGACCCUUAGUCAAAAAGCAGAUGAGGUCACAAACGUCUCCCGGAUCGUGGGGAGUGACGGGGGGUUCAGUCUGACCUGGUCGGCCAACCCUGUCUCCAGCUGUGGGUACGCGGUGGUCUGGACCCCCACCUUCACCAGGGGCCCCGUUUACUGGAAGAAGGUGCCUACAGGGGUCACCCAGGUCUUUAUAACAGGGAACCUCACCCCUGGGGUCCGGUACUCUUUGUGUGUGUACGCUUGCACACCGGAAGCUCCAAAACUGCUGGAGAGAAGAGAAGGAUACGUUGAAGAGACAGAGAUCCCCCCUGAGCAGAUUGCACGUCUGAGAUGGGCCCACGUGGGGUCAGAGGUCCGUGUGUCGUGGACCCCCAUCCCGCUGGGGAACCGGACGGCGUUCAUCAAAGGCUACGUCAUGCACUACCACGACAUGGACGCCAAGGAGGCGGACCCUAACCUUGUUGACGUCAACGUCACCACCGAUGAUGCCGAGGCCACUAGCCUGACUGCCAGAGACGUCCGUGUUGGAUCUUACAGAUUCAGGGUGGCUGCCGUGACCUCGCUCGGAGAGGGUGGAGGAAACUCCAUCACACUCACCAUUAACCCACCGUGGGAUAAGUCCAUCUUGGCCCUCGUUGUCGCAUUCAGCAAUAUUUUCCUUUUGCUCAUCAUCACUUCCAUCAUUGCCUUCAAAAACUGGACAUGUAUUAAACAGAAGGUGUGUCCUCCCAUUCCAAAUCCAGUUCUGAUCUGCGAUUGGUUAGCACUAAUGGAGGACCGUGGCCCUUCAAGCCUUAUCGCGGCAGAAAGUCAUAGCAGUCAGAUGGAGAAUGUGUCCGUUUCACAGGUGUUUAGCCAUAGAUUACCAGUGAGUACCGACAACGACCACGAGGGAGCGCCAUUUCUACAGAAUCAAGCCGCAAAUGGUUAUUACCAUCAACAGCCGCAGCAACGCAUGGAGAUCACCCCGAAAGUGGAAUUAACUCAGCCCGUGUUACCAUCUCGUCCACUUUCCUGUGUAUUUGAGAAUCCACUAUACACUGACGGAAUGUGUUAGCAAAAUAUAUAGCAUGUAGCAUGUUAUUAUAUCACAACAUUUAGAAACACACUGGUAAUCAGCCUUCUUAUAAAGAAUAUAGCAGAUCUUCAGAGAAUAUAUAAAUAUUAUCACUAUUUCUAAUUUACUAUUUUGUAUGAACUAUAUUCCGGGGUAAACGUGUCUUAAGCAGAGAGACGGUCUUGGAAGUGAAGUCAAGCUAAAAUGUGUUAUUGUAUGUGUAAUGUGAAUUCAAAUAUAUCUGCAAAGAUUUCUGUCUUUUUGUUUUAUGUUGAACAAACGUUGCUGUAUAAUAAGCUGUUACAAGCGAUACAAAAUGUUAUCAAUACAUGUCAUAUCAAUAGUAAGAAAUACAUAUCAAAUUGUUUUCAGUAUUUUCAGUGCUUAUCAUUCUAGUGCU